GGUUUUUCGCUUCACUGUCGACAGAGAAGUGUGUCUGUGAAUGAGCGGACUGCUGUUCAUUUGAAAGGUUAAAGAUGAGCCUCCAUCGAGCGCUGCUGCUGUUAACAUGUGUGUCGCUGUCGACCACGCUCAGGAUUUUAUCCGGACGUCUCAAGUGCUCUCGACAGGAUUUGAAUUGUGAAGUUCGUGAAACUAACUGUCUGGACAAACGGUGGCUGAAAGUUCACGAUUACACUCCCAGCAAUCCAGAGGACCUGCAGGUGUCAGUGGACGUCAGGCCAGAUGAGGCAGGACUCCUGCAGCCAGUGCUAGAGGCUAGUUGGAAGUUAAAGGAUGAUGGUAGUAUCCGUUUCCUGAAUGCCACCGAGCUUCAUGUUCUGGUGGAAUCCACCAAUCAGAACCUGUGUGUUCGAUAUUCUUUCAAAAAAGAACUCCCGAUGAGAAGUCCAUCAAGAGAAAAGUGGUCAUUCUCAGCUGAUAUGCUGGUGUUGGAUCCGGGGCAGACCUACCAGGUCUCUGUCUUCAACAUACCCAAACCAGAACUGCACCACAGCAGCUACGACAUCAGGAAAAAAGUCCAAGUUCCUGGUUGUGAAGAUCCAAAAAUGACGAAUACACAGUUCUGCAUAGAGAGAGGAAGCCUGUGGCAGCCUAACAUCAGUCUGAGUCAGGUCACUCUAGCUGAUGGAAAAUCUGCUCUGGCUGUCAGCUUCAGCCCUGACAACCUGUGUGAGAAGUACAUGGUUAUUGUUAAUGGCUGCUCUUCUAAACAGGAUCAACACAGUUUAAACAAGGCAAAUCAGACCCUGAAUGUAACAUUCAGCCUGGAUAGUUGGCCAAAGUCAUGCUGCCAGUUUGAUGUUCAGGUUAAACCUUAUUUCUCACAAUGUGGUGAAGACUGUACCCGUCGAAGGAAAACUCAGAAUAUUUGCCCCAGUGUGACGAAAGAUCCUGCAGCAUUCACAGCAGAUAAUGCCCCUCACUACGGGUUAGUUUCCCUGGGAGUGGUGUCGAUGUGUAUACUGAUGGCAGCUGUUAUGUUUGCCAUCUGCAGGAAGCCAGGGAAAACUAAUGUUAGUGCAGGACCAAAGGGAGUUCAGGAAGUGCAGCCAGUCAAACAAAAGCCCAAAGUAUUGGUCAUCUACUCACAAGACCACCAUCUGUACAGGGACAUUGUGCUGAAACUCUGCACCUUCCUCCAGACAAAGUGUGGCACUAAGGUGCUAGUAGACCUGCUCGACUCCACCUCAGUAGGCAUGGUGGGUCGUCUGCGCUGGCUCGAGUGGCAGCGGCAGCAGCUGAAAGAUCCCUCGGACAAAAUCCUCGUGCUGUGCUCACGAGGCGUCCAGGCCAAGUGGAAGGCCAUGUGCGGUCAGGGACGAGUGACUUUGAAGGAAGACCUCCUGUCGCCCACAGACGACAUGCUCACUCCUUUUCUCAACCUCUUUCUGCCAGAAAUGCACCAGGCAGGCAUGCUGGGCAAGUACAUGGUAGCUUAUUUUGAUGACAUCAGCAGCGAAAAAGACGUGCCGUCGGUUUUCGACAUUGCGGUGAAAUACAGGCUGAUGAAGCACUUUGAAGAGCUGUUCUUCCGCAUCUUAGACAUCGAAAAGUAUCAGCCAGGGCAGGUGAAGCACAUUGAGGGAAUCGGUGCAGAUGAAUAUUUUAACUGUCCCUCUGGUAGAGCUCUGAGGACGGCCAUUGAAACCUUCCAGGCCUACCAGUUUGAAAAUCCCGACUGGUUCGAGAAGCAGUGUGUGGUUAGUGAAGAGGAGGUCCUAAAUGAUGCCAACAUGCUUAUUGAACAGCUGCACAUUCCUCCUGUCCUUGAAUGUGUCCCUCUAAUCAGAGAUGAGUUUCCUGUCUAUGUUCAUGACGUGGAAAUCAAUGAAAACAGCAACAGCAUUCAUAUUCUCACCCCUGAACUGAACCCAGAGAGUCAGCUGUCCUCAGUAAUAGAACUUAUACCUGCAGUCAAUCCAACAGACAGACAUCAGCAUUCAUCUGGCCUGGAGAACGUACUGACAGAGUCUAUCUACGUAGCUGAGCCAGUUUUAAACAACCCACCGCCACCCAGACAGAACUGGAUCUCCCUUGUGGAUGAACCUUUUAGUCACAUUCCCACUGAAGAUAAUGAGGAGGAUUCCUUGAUAUCUGUGAACCAAGCUUCUGCUUAUUUGGACCAAAGAAGCCAAGCUCCGCCGUACUCCCUGGACUUUAAUUCUCCAGAAUCCUCGUGUACAAGUGUUCCCAGGCAGCAUUUCCCCCCCUCUGGAAUGGAUAACUCUGAACAUGUGCAGAUAGAGGAGAACGAGGCUCUGGAGCCAAAAGGACCAAGCAGUGGCUCCGAUCAAGGCUACAGCUCAAAAAACUCCUCCCAGCACGAAUGUCCAUUUAAAGACGAGUCACUGGUGGCUUUGGCAAAGCUGCAGAAGGAGCUGUUUGAAGAAAUUGACAUUACAGUGUGACAUAUAUUUGAUGAUAUUUCUUACUGGCAACAUGAUGUUGUUGUGGCAGACUGUUCAUGUCGGCUUCUUCUUUGGCGUUAAUCGUUCACAGGGGAGUUUGCAAACCAGUGACUGCCCAGGUGCCGCUGAUCCAGGGAAGGCCAGAAAGCUCCACAUUUAAAAGUUGGCAAUAAGCAAAAGACCCUUGACCAGUAAUGUGCUUGUGUAAUAUUACUUUACCCAGUAAAAAGUGCUUUAAUGGACUAGGAUGUUUAAAAGUCUUUAAAGCUGCAAAUAACUGUUUAUGUUGUGUGACUGUAGCAGGAGGAUGAACGGAAGGACGAUACAUUCAUAAACCAUAAACGUAGGAGUUGUGUCAUUUUUAAACAUGUGUCUUUUUCAAAGAUAAAGAACUUUGAUUACUGAGAGUUUAGUGCCUGCAAAGAAAAAUCCAAAAUGCAUUUAAUGUGAUGUUUUUAAAGUUGCACUGCAGCUGAAAACAGCUGAGUCAUUAAUCAUUACAGCAUUGCAGCGUGACUGUCAGGGAUCAGAGUGCAUUUAUGUUUGUGUUACUCUAAAACUUGUGUUGUUAAUUGUUGACAGGCCAGACAGUUGUCAUGGGAACAUGAGCGGGUGAUAUUGUAGAAAACAGUUACAGCAUGAAUUUAACUAAAUAUUUGCAUUUGGUUUAAAUGAAUUUGUAAUAGCUUUUUUUGCUAAAGGGCCCACUAUAGAGGUGUGAUUGUGUUCCUUACAGGAAGUAGACUUUGUUUCAUUUCCCUGCCUGCACAGACUCUUUGUUUGUCAGCUUGUCUCCUCGGACAUGUGGCCUAAAAGCUGCAUGUUGAAUAAGGCCAGAGAGGAAGCAGGGGUACAUUUAAGAGCCUCUGGAAAAUCACUAAACAUGUAUAUAUGCCUAUAGGUGUGAAUGUGAGUGCGAAUGGUUGUCUGUUAGUUAUUUUUAUGCUUGAUGCUUUGUACAUUUGUGUUACAUUUUCAAUCAUCAUCUUCUGUCAGAACAUAAUCCACAAUAAAA